AGAGAGAAAACGAUAGAAACUGAAAACGAGGAAGAGAAAGACGGACUCCCAUGAUGCACUGCAUUGCCAACGUAGGCAAACAGGAACAUGGCUACCGGUGCUUAACAUUAGCAGCCUGUCGUAAACGAUACACUUCUGUUGGCCUGACACCGUCUGUGACAAUAUAAUAUUUGCUGUGCCUCCGCCACAGAAGAAACGCGUUCGUAGAGUUUAUCGGCGGAGCCAGCAGACCCUCUGAAAACAGCGUCUUCGUUGUUCAUCAAUCACAGACAGUGUGGGUCAACAUGGCAAGUCCAAGGACCAGGAGAGUUCUGAAGGAAGUGAGAACCCAAGACGAGAAUAAUCUAUGUUUUGAGUGUGGGGCUUUUAACCCUCAAUGGGUUAGUGUGACCUAUGGGAUCUGGAUUUGUCUUGAAUGCUCUGGCAAGCACAGGGGCCUCGGUGUACAUCUCAGUUUUGUGCGCUCUGUUACCAUGGACAAGUGGAAAGAUAUUGAGCUUGAGAAGAUGAAAGCCGGUGGAAAUGGAAAAUUCCGCAUUUUUCUUGAACUCCAAGAUGAUUAUGAUCCCACCUGGAAUUUACAAGAGAAAUACAACAGCAAAGCUGCUGCACUCUUUAGAGACCAGGUUGUAACUUUAGCAGAGGGUAAGGAGUGGUCUAUUGAGACAUCCCCUGCCAGAAACUGGACGUCUCCUCAACCUAAGACCAGUCUUUCAUCCUCUCAUCGCUCUGGAGGACCUGGACAAAGCUCAGCGAAAUCUGGCGACAAAGCUUUUGAAGACUGGUUGAGUGAUGAUGUGAACUCAUAUCAGAGUGGAGGGGGCUACAGUGGGAAUCAAGAGAAUCGGUAUGUUGGCUUUGGCAACACAGUGACCCCAGAGAAGAAGGAAGAUGACUUCAUCAACAAUGCCAUGUCUUCUAUUUAUUCAGGUUGGAGCAGUUUCGCAGUUGGAGCUAGCAAGUUUGCUUCUAUUGCUAAAGAUAAUACAUCUAAACUGGCAAACCAAGCAACCUUGAAGGCCACAGAGUUAGGACAGACAUUAAAUGAGAAUGUUAUCAAACCCACCCAAGAAAAGGUCAAAGAUGGCAAAUUGCUAGAUGAAAUGGCAGUCGGCAUCACUGGGCUGGCAAACAAGGUUCAGGGAGCUGGUUCAAAAUUGACUAAUCUCUUCUCGGGAAAACCGGAGGAUGGGUCUGCUGGAGAGAGCUACCAGAACAUGGAUGCCUCUGAGGGAUAUCAGGGCAGCUCAAGCCAGCCUGUUGCAAAGGACUUCUGGGAAACCUUUGGCAGCAACAACUCCUUAAAGGCCAAGAAAUCUCCCAGCAGUGACAGCUGGACCAUCGCAGACAAUUCUGCAAAGAAGAGCUCUGACAGUUGGGACAAUUGGGGCUCCGAAGCAGCGUCCAAUAACAAACGCAGCACAGAGGAGAGCUGGGAAGCCUGGGACAACAACUGGGAGAACGCAGAUGGUAAGACAAAGAAGAGUCCCACAAAACCUGCUGAGGAAACCUGGGAUAAUGCAGACUGGUAGGGACCUCACAACUAUACAACUCCUCACAUUUUUCCCACUCUGGCCUUCAUUUCUCUCUCUGUUCAUCUCACUGGCACUUUUAGGGAAAGAGCUGCCUCAGCGUAAUUCCUGUCAAUCCAUUCAAAAUAUAUUUAUUAUGAACCCAACAAACAAUAAAUGAAGCCUAGCGUUAAAUCGAGCUCAUUAUCAAAGGAAUAUUCUUAAAAUGUACAACUAUACUGACUUGCAGCCAUGUAUUUUACUGUAAAUUACCUUCAUCACAAGGAAUUAAGAAAGAAUCAGUGUAGAUAUGGUCAUGACUUUCUGCCUGUGCUCCCCAAGUGUUAUACCCUUAAUAGUGAAUAAGUCGGUGUUUAUACUGUAUGGGUUAAAUGAUUUUGGGUCCCAAUUCACCACAUAAAGAAACAAUGCAUGACAGAGAAAAUCUGACAUUGUAAAUAUAAAUCCUUGUAAAUACAGUACGAUUGACUAAACACUAAUGAGAUGAUUUUCUGUUUGUUCAAUCAAAGUGAUUUCCUCUGCCCCUGGACCUUUUGCGCAUUUUGUUCUUGUAAAAAUACAUUUGAAAAGCAUUUUUGAUAGAAUUAGAUUCUGUAGUCACAAAGUGGUAUAUCAAAUCAAAGGAACAAAUAAACACUGUAACAAAUUGGCUAUCACUAGUCAAAUCUGCGAGGAAAUGUCAAAUGUAAAUGAAAUUAAUGUGUAAUGAGUUAGAGCUAAAUUACCUCUAUAGUAUUUUUGUUUGUUUAAAAUGUGCAAAUAGUCAAUGGGUUUGAAAGCAGAUAUAUUGUCCUAUUAUCAAGACCAGAAAAUGGGACAGGAUGCUUAAAAGUUUAAUUUGGUUGUCUCCUAAACAAAUAGUUUAUCAAUAAUUGCCCCUUUUUUAAUUAUUUAAGCCUUAAGUUGUCUUAGGGUAAAUACAUUUAUUGUAUCACAUUAGUGCAUGCUGACUUAAAAGUUAGCUUUUCCUCAUAAUUGAUGUAAUAAAUUUAGCAUCAGUGAGCUGUUAAAAUAUAUUUUGCUUUGUUGAUGCAAUGUUUGAUUUUACUCUGAUUUUAAGACCUGGCUGCGACUCCCAUUCAAACAUUCAUUGCAAAGUAAAAAUAUUCUUUGAAGCACAUCCCCAAUAUCAUUUUAGUGUUUGUUUUGUUAUGCAACUCCUCAAGUAAUGUUACUUUAUACUGUGACAUGAAGCAAGUUAUCACAUUGUUUUUUACUUUACUGCUUUAAUUAAUCUGUCUAGCAAAAAUAUGCCAGAAAUCAAUUGCAAAAUCUAAUUUUGAAUUAUUAAAUUACAAUAAAAUGUACCUGCCAAUAGUUUUGAACUACUGGUGGAGAGAAGGGGUAUUUAUUUUAAUAUGCUAUCUAUUUUUUUUCUUUUUCUGACCUUGAAGCUGGCUGAUACUAUUUGAAUUGAAACAUUCAAAUUAGAGUUCACACAGUCAGGAAAGACUUUAUUCACUCAUUGUCUUAUAAAUCCAGCUGAUGCUCAGAAACUGAAUAAUGUCUCCUUAUGAAAGCCACUUGUUGGACAUCAGCAAUUGUUUAAUCCAUCAUUUUGCAAUUUUAUUUUCAAGAUGCAACAUUUGGUAUUUUUAAAUAAUUUGACAGUAAACUGACAGGUCAUUGUAAAAUUCACCCUGUGUGAAGCAAGUGUGUGUGAUCCUUUCUCCACAUCUGUGUCAUUGCAGCACCUUGGUCAUUAUGUAUUGUGAGGAUUUGGUGUCACAGAUCCCUUCACACUUGUAUCAACAUCUAAAUUGUGAAGUAAUGUUAAUGAGGCUCAUAGCUCUCAAACACUUGUUGUAAAUUAAUUGAAUAAACCCAGUGCAUCGCUCAGUCAGAUGAAAUGGCAGCUGAACUCGAAUUGUUCAUCGUAGAUGCAAAUGUAUCAUGAAAAGCUUGUUGUUUUAACGAGUGGGAAUGUAAUUGGUGUGAAAUAGGUAUUUUACAAGCCUCUGAUAAUCCUAAAAUUCAAACGAACUGUCUGGGUUUCGAACUAGCCAAAUUUUGCUGAACCCAACUUCCCUAUGUGGCCUUUAAUUCCUUAUAACAUAAGGUGCUGCAACGUUAUACUGUAAAUGACUGUAAAGUUUUGUUUGCCUUUACAUGUAAUAACCCGCAGAAGUCUUCAUGUGAUGAUGCAAACCACUCCAACUAAACUCAAGUUAAAUACCAACUCCAGGUCUGGGUUUGAUUUGUCUACAUUUGCUUAACAUUUUUACAACAGAAGAUAAAGUUAAUGACUAACAUCAGAAGACUUAUAAACACCCUUGGUUUGCACCUGAUUCUUUGAAGCUUGGUAUCUGAUCAUUGGCCUGUAGUUUAUAAUAAACUGCUUAUAGAGCAGUCUACCAGUGCAAUAAAGCUGCUGGAUUGUUUGUUAUUAGGGUGUUUUAACAUGUUGCUGUACAUCUAGAGGCAGUACUCAUUUGGCCUCCACGAUUGGUAAAAAUAAUAUUUUAUUAUCACAGGUUUUAACGUGUGACUGCUAAGUCCUGGGAACUUUAUUCCGUGGCCAUUUCCUACCUCUAAAAAGUCUUCAGUUUACGGUUUUCAGUAGUGAUCCUGCUUUUGUUCUGAACCUAUCAGCAUUGUUUUGCUGUUUCUCAUUUUGUCUUUGCUGAAGGAAGUGUGUUAAAGCAAAGCAACAAAGAUGGGUCAACAGCAUUGGUGUAUUCUCAGUGACAAUGCAAUGAUGGAAAAGAAGAAAAGAAAUCACUCCUGGAACAUUUGUGUCCCUGAACCUCUGCAGUCAUGUGUUCAUGUAUGGUCAUGUGUUUAAAAACCUUAAACUGCUGUGAUUGCUUUCUGUUGAUACUGAUGUCAGUUUGCUCGUGUGUCUCUGAUACAGUGAGGUGUACAUGUCAGUAAAUCACCAUCCAAUAUAUAUUGUUACCCUCAGCAUUCCCUAUGUUACUUAAGCUUUAUGUCAUUUAUUUUUUAUUUUAUGAUGGCAUGACAUAAAACAUAUACACUGCCAGGAAAUGAAUGGAAGACUUUGUGCUGUAAUACAUCACCUUUUAAAAAGGCAAAUAUUUGAACAGCUACUUAUGUAAAAGAGCUUAGUGCUGAUAUACCAUAACUUUUUUUUAUUGGUGAAUGUUGGGGUAUACUGGUACAAUUUGAUUCACGGAUAAACUGCAGAAUGUGUAAUUGACUGAAAUGCAUCCAAUAGGUCUUGAUAUAAGGUGAUGCUUUUUUUUUUUUUUUUAAAACCCAACGUAUUUCCAAACUUUCACUUUCCAGAGCAGCAGUUUGACUCAGUGUCUGUGCCUGUCGAAAAAUUUGAGGUAUGUCUGUGUUUGUUCGUGAAACUGUUGUCAGAAAUACUAUUUUUGAUGUUAUGCAUGAGAUGUAACGUGGAGCUAAAUACGUUCAGCUGUUUCAAAAGUUGUUUCCUCAGUGAAUUUAAGUGCAGUUGUCUGCUUGCCCCCUACAAAUUUCACCAGCAGUCAUCUCAUGAGGUGAGCCAGUGUUACCUACUUGGUUGAGGCUUUGGAUAUUUUCCUUGUACACAUGGUUUCUGUGUUUAAUAAAAAUGUAUUGUGCUGUGAAUGCCAUUUGCUGCCUGUAUGGUGCAGAAUUUAGUCAUUUGUCGAUCCUAUUCGGGAAAGAAAUUUGAUACACAGCAUUGUUGUAUUGAUUAAUGUCUUCAGCAUUAUAAAAAUGUAAAGGAAAGGGGUUAAAGAGAUAAGUUGUUAAAUGAUGGGCUAGUGUUGCAAAUGGUAAUUUCUUUACAUAAGCUUCUUAAGAAAUAUUUAGAGAUGCGCCAUAUGUUGGUGGUCAAUAUUUCCUUCUCCAAUAAAUGAGAAAAUUGCUGAUAUUGUUCCGACAAGGAAGUAUCAACCGAUAAUUGCAGUUCUUCUGUGCUUAGGAAUAAACACUGCAAAUAUAAUCAUGUCAACAUCUCA